AUGAAUCCUUCUUCACGAUACAAAGAGAACAACCAGAUCAACCGUGAUCUACGGCUUGAGAGCCUUCUCCAGCCGAUCCCCAGCCCCAAACGCAUGAAGCCCCCGAUCGUAGAACAUCCGAAACCCGAUGCGGUUUGGGAUAAGGGGUUCGGGGCUCUGGACGCUCUUGUGUUGGACUCAUAUCUCCAGCCUAUCUCCGCAGGCUUUCUCGACCCCGAUCUUCACAGAGUCCCUGCGAUCCUCCCCAUUCAGUGGCCAUUCAGUGUCCCGGAAGGCAACGAGGCUCUCGGCCCGCGCGAUGAUCCGGCUUACCUAACGCCCCAAACGCCCCCGAAUCCGCGCUCGGGAUCCACUUGA